UGCGGAGCUUGGAACCCGCUCAGAGGCGGUCGAGAGCGCUCCGGCUUGCAAGCGGCAUUUCGCUGAGGAGCCCGGUACCCGAGUGACAGCCGUGGGCAGAGCAGGGCAGGGGACACGAGACCACAGGAGCAGCCGCAAGCCGUUGGGCAGUGCUCGACUGCGCCGAGCGAGUCGCCCCUUUUUGGCACUCCUGCUGCCCCGCACCCCACUCUCCCACCCUCUGGCAACUUGGGUCAAGUUGACAACUGCCACGGCGGCCGGCAGGCCAGUGCUGUCUCCGCUGCGCGCUCCUCGCCAAGGGUGAAAGGGAGCCGCGGCGGCGGCUUGGCCAUGAGGGCAGCGCGCGCCGCCUAACUCGCGGCUGUCACCGCCGCUGCUGCGGGACCCACCGGCCAGGCGGGCGCUCCGGGACGUGCGGGCGGCUGCCGACAGGAGGCGCCGAGCUGAGCGGCUGCCGGCUCGGGCACAGCCCGGGACCUCUGCGCCUAGCCCAGGAGGGAGCGGCCCCGCGCAAGCAGGGAGCAUCGCCGCACACUCCAGCCCGGGCAAGCACCUCGGGGGCGGUGCGGGGCGCAGCCUUCUUGCCCCGGCCGCUGACAAGUGCCCCGGGGUGGGCUACGUGGCUCGGGGUGGGCGCGGACGCGGGCGCUGGACUCGUGCAGGGUUCCCGGGCGUCGCGAUGAACAUCGUGGUGGAGUUCUUCGUGGUCACUUUCAAAGUGCUCUGGGCGUUCGUGCUGGCUGCGGCUCGCUGGCUGGUGCGGCCCAAGGAGAAGAGCGUGGCGGGCCAGGUGUGCCUCAUCACCGGUGCCGGCAGCGGCCUGGGCCGCCUCUUUGCGCUCGAGUUCGCCCGGCGCAGGGCGCUGCUGGUGCUCUGGGACAUUAACACUCAGAGCAACGAGGAGACGGCGGGCAUGGUGCGCCACAUCUACCGCGACCUGGAGGCGGCCGACGCUGCGGCGCUGCAAGCUGGGAAUGGUGAGGAAGAAAUUCUGCCCCACUGUAACUUGCAGGUUUUUACCUACACCUGUGAUGUGGGAAAAAGAGAGAAUGUCUACCUGACGGCAGAAAGGGUCCGCAAGGAGGUUGGAGAGGUCUCAGUCCUGGUCAAUAAUGCCGGUGUGGUCUCAGGGCAUCACCUUCUGGAAUGUCCUGAUGAGCUCAUUGAAAGAACCAUGAUGGUCAAUUGCCACGCACACUUCUGGACCACUAAGGCUUUUCUUCCUACAAUGCUGGAGAUCAAUCAUGGCCACAUUGUGACAGUUGCAAGUUCCUUGGGCUUGUUCAGUACUGCUGGAGUUGAGGAUUACUGUGCCAGUAAAUUUGGAGUGGUGGGCUUUCAUGAAUCCCUGAGUCAUGAGUUAAAGGCUGCUGAAAAGGAUGGAAUUAAAACAACAUUGGUCUGCCCUUACCUUGUAGACACUGGCAUGUUCAGAGGCUGCCGAAUCAGAAAAGAAAUCGAGCCUUUUCUGCCCCCUCUGAAGCCUGAUUACUGUGUGAAGCAGGCCAUGAAGGCCAUCCUCACUGACCAGCCCAUGAUCUGUACCCCCCGCCUCAUGUACAUUGUGACCUUCAUGAAGAGCAUCCUCCCUUUUGAAGCAGUUGUGUGCAUGUAUCGAUUCCUAGGAGCGGACAAGUGUAUGUACCCCUUUAUUGCUCAAAGAAAACAAGCCACAAACAAUAAUGAAGCAAAAAAUGGAAUCUAAGAAUCUUCUUUGUAUGGAGUAUCAUAUCUACCAGAAGACGAUCAAGAUGUUUCAGUCCGACCCACAUCAGCAUUACUGACAUUUUCUGGAUUCUAAAUCCAUGUUGACUUUUUUUUUAAAUCAACUUAAAAAAAAAAAAAUGUAGAUUAACCAACUAGAAUACUUGGAAAAUGUGACCAGCAAAAGUGAGCUUAGGUUGUUGCCUAUGGGGACCAUUUAGGCAGAACCCUAAAACCAGUCAAAUCUUUUAGACAAGCACUGUGUGACCUCUCCAGGCUACCGUUAUUUUUUUUAAUGAGCAGAAAGUCUAGAGAUGAUAACUACAGUGUGUUUUACCUGUGUGAUUUUCUUAUUCCCAUAGAGGUUAUUAAUAAUUGUAAUUAAACUCUAGCCAACUAACACCCUUGCAACUUCAAGGACUGAUAGUGCUACAUUUUCUCACAUUUUGUAAGUUUCAGUUUUGCAAAGCCUGUGUGGCUUUUCAUGGUGUUUGUAUGUACAGCUCUUUUAAAAAGGAAUUUUGAAAUCUCCAUCAGUUUGAAGCAAUGAUGUUUGAUUGUUACAGGAAAGAUGAUCAGGUUUCCUUAAAGUCGUAACAACUAAAUUAUUAGCUGAAUUUUUUAUUUUUUCUCUGAAAUCUUUCCUCAAAUAGCUAUUACUCUGGAGACCUAGUUAUCCAAAAAAGCCACACAUUUUCUACCUGUGAAUUUUGCUGCAUACAGAAAGUGCCCUUGCCUCAGGAAGUUGUUAUGCUCCAUUUCUUUGGAUGGACUUUUAUCUAGAAUACAUAGCAGCUCAGCAAAGACACAAUUUCUAAAAAUGGGAACUUAUGCAUUAAAAAGAGUUCCAUUUUUGUGCCAACUGAUUAGUGAGGGGGGAUGAAUCUGAUGCCAUGGAGUAUGUGUGCAAGGGUAUAAAGAUUCUUUUGAAAGUUUUAUUCACAUUGUAGAAUGGCAAAUGACAUUUUUACAGUAUGUUUUGUAAAGCAAACUAUUUGUGCCUUGAAUUUGGUAAAUGUGUAUUAGUGAAAUGUUGUAAAAGUGAACUUCUACCUCUGUAUCUAAAUGUAUACCAUCCACUUGUAAAUUACUAUAAACGAUUAUGUGAUUGCUUUUUUUUAGAAUGUCUUGUUUAAAUAGCAACCAAUGUUUAAGGCUGUUAAAAUAAGCCAUCUUUUACUAAUUAAUUGGGAAGUUUUAUAAAGGACUGAUUAAAUUAAAAAAAUUAACUUA